AUGUCCACGAAAGUGUCCGCAUCCAAAAGUGACCCGGAAUGUAUCCGGGCGGAUCAUGUGUCGCACAUCUGUCUGGCGACACAUUGUGCGACAAGAGUCGACCGGUCACGCGGACACGACAACGACACAGUUUUUUUUUCUGGACAGACCGCUUUGAAGCCGGUAUGGACACGCCGCAUCGUUGGCGACAACGACAAAGUGGCGACGACAUGGAUAUGGACACAGACUUGGUGUCGUCGACACGGACACAAUUUGCGACACGAAGUUCGACAUACCUGUCGUCAAGUGGGUGGCAAAUUGGAAAUCGGCGCCUGGGCAGAACGCGACACCAGCAGAUGCGACACCAGUAGCUGCGACACCGGAAACUGCGACACGAAAAUGCGACACAGGAAAUGCGACACCAGUAUUCGACGACUCAGAAAGUCGACAAACCGACGUGUCGUUAACGUCGAGAUUUUGGACGCGGGCAAAGACAUGGUCUCGGGACAAGAUGACAAAAAUAGCGUUGGACAGGCGAUGUACAGAAGAGAUGGACACUACGGGGACUGGACACCUACGGCCAUUGGACACAUACGGACACUGGACAGAUUGGACUGGCCGAUCGGCUGUCGAAAAGACAAAAUUACCCGCCAUGAUAGCGGAGAGUCGCCCUGA